CAACGAGUUCUGCAUUUUCAGUGGGUGAUAUCGGCGUAGGUGUUCCUCUUGGCAGCUACUGUUCCUGGCUCGUCCAACUGUGCCCUUGAAGCCGGGCUUGUCGUCGUAUAUCACUGCAGGUUUAAGAUUUGAGGAGAAGGCACCUGCAUCUCUAACAUCUGAAUUCAAACCAAGAAGUUGAAGUGGUUUUGUCGGAAUGGCUGCGUAUAAGCUGGUGAUGAUCCGUCAUGGAGAGAGCUGCUGGAACCAGGAGAACCGAUUCUGCGGCUGGUUUGACGCAGAUCUAAGUGAGACCGGCGUACAAGAGGCCAAGCGAGGCGGACAGGCUCUUAAAGAAGCAGGUUAUGAAUUUGACAUGUGCUACACCUCUGUGCUGAAAAGGGCCAUCCGUACACUGUGGAUCGUGCUGGACAGCAUUGAUCAAAUGUGGCUGCCAGUGCACAGGACUUGGAGGCUGAACGAGCGUCACUAUGGUGGCCUGACAGGCCUCAACAAGGCAGAGACAGCUGCCAAGCAUGGAGAGGCACAGGUCAAGAUCUGGAGGCGCUCCUAUGACAUUCCCCCACCACCCAUGGAUGCAGAACAUAACUACUACUCUGUAAUCAGUCAGGACCGUCGUUACGGCGACCUGACAGAGGACCAGCUCCCCACCUGUGAGAGCCUCAAGGACACAAUUGCCCGUGCCCUGCCUUUCUGGAACGAGGAAAUUGUUCCACAAAUCAAGGAAGGGAAAAGGGUAUUGAUUGCUGCCCAUGGCAACAGCCUAAGGGGAAUUGUCAAACAUCUGGAGGGCAUGUCAGAAGAGGCCAUCAUGGAGCUGAACCUACCCACAGGGAUCCCCAUCCUAUAUGAGCUGGACAAGAACCUGAAGCCAGUGAAGCCCAUGCAGUUUUUGGGGGAUGAGGAGACCGUACGCAAGGCCAUGGAGGCCGUGGCAGCCCAGGGCAAAGCCAAGAAGUAGUUCUGUUGUAUGAAACAUUAGAACAGGAUAUGGGGGCUCUGGAUGGUGUGGAGGGUAGGUUGCAAGUCACAGAGAUAUAGGGUCCACAAAUGUUCAUGUGGCUCACACAUACUCUACACAUGAGUGUUUCAAGUGUCUCGGUUCUUACCAGUAAGUGAAAAUGUCUGGAUAUUUAAUACUUGGUAUGAACAGAAGAAGAAAGCUAUACAUUCAAACUUACAGCUUUUUAACCCACAGGUUCAACUACUUGCAGAUGAUUGGUUUAGCACUUUAUGAAGUUACUGAAAGUUAUUAAUGAUCAUUCUUGUGCAUUUGAGUUCAUCUGAAGUGACUGAAGUGAAGUGUUUUUAUGGAACCUUUAUUUCAGCUGGAAACAAAACUUCAAUGUUUUAUAUUUUUGUUGCCUCCUACCAGUGGCUAAUAAAAGCAAAAAAGGAAAGCAAAGGUAUUCUGUUUCCAUCUGAAUAAGGUAGCUUAAAGAAGCUUAAUGACAUUGCAUGGGCAUGUCCAGCAGCUAAUAUUACAUUCAGUAUUUCCCAGUAAACGUUCCCCUCUUAUCUACUUUCUGCACAUUCCAGAAAUGAAUGAUUAAGAGCAGGACAACACUGCUGUUUCUGAAAUAUGUUUCAUAGUUACAGAGCCAGUCUCACUGUCAAAGAACAUCUCUGAGAGCUCCCUCCAGCCCUCAGGUCCUGUGCUAGUACUUAGUGAGCAUAGAGUUGUGCAGCUCAAAACAUGUCUGUAUGCUUGCCUUUAUAUGUAUGUGUGUUUGAGAGACAUGUUCUGUCACAGACAAUAAACAAAGGAUUUACU